AUGGUUCAAGGACCUUGGGGUUGUAACCAGAUGCUUCGAAACCACGUUGGUGGCAACUACGCGAUCCCGGGUCAGUGGGGCAGCGCGCCGUUCAUGUCUGGUGGGUGGGGAGGCCCAGCGAUCACUUCUGGACCCAUGUCUGGUGCUAUGAUUCCCAUGAAUCAGGGCUUUACCUAUGACCACCGCCUCACUGGCCCUUAUGGCCCUCAAAGCAUGAUGUCGCAUGCUCCGAUGAUCACGAACGGACCGAUGAUGGGCUCCUCAGGGAUGGUUAUGCAUGAACCGAUGAUGUACGACAACGGAUUUGGUGCCUACGACGAUGGCUAUGCCAGCGACUACAAUGGAUACUGCGAUGGCAGGCGAAAGAGAAGGAGGCACAAGAGCCAUUACAAGUACAAGUAUACAGACAAGCCCGCGACCAAUUGUACAGUUAUGUAG